CUUCUCUCUUCUCUUUCAUCUCGGCUCUUCAGGUCAAGAGUCCAUCAAAUUAGCGUGUCUGACUGCUUCAGCUUUCAUCAUCUGCUCCUCCCUCUUUUCCCACGUAAUUUCCCCAAAUCCACUCUCUCUCGGGUUCGAUCUCCCUCUCAAUCAUGAACCUUCUUCUCUUCUAGACAUUUCUCCUGCCCCCUUAAUUUCUUUGAUCGGCGACGGAGAACUCCAAGUCUGAAGCGGGAAUGUCUGUCUCUGAGCUCAAAGAACGUCACGCCGUCGCUACGGACACCGUCAAUAACCUCCGCGAUAGGCUUAGACAGAGACGCCUCCAGCUGCUCGACACCGAUGUGGCGAAGUAUUCAGUCGCGCAAGGACGUACUCCGGUCAAGUUCGGAGCUACGGAUCUGGUUUGCUGUCGUACUCUUCAGGGACACACGGGAAAGGUUUAUUCGUUGGACUGGACUCCGGAGAGGAAUCGUAUUGUGAGUGCAUCUCAAGAUGGGAGAUUAAUCGUGUGGAAUGCUCUAACGAGUCAGAAAACUCAUGCUAUAAAACUCCCUUGUGCAUGGGUUAUGACAUGUGCCUUCUCUCCAAAUGGUCAGACGGUUGCGUGUGGUGGAUUAGACAGUGUAUGUUCUAUCUUCAGUCUUAGCUCAACCGCAGACAAGGACGGAACUGUACCGGUUUCAAGAAUGCUCAGUGGUCACAGGGGCUAUGUUUCUUGCUGUCAGUAUGUCCCAAAUGAGGAUGCUCAUCUAAUCACCAGCUCAGGUGAUCAAACAUGCGUCUUAUGGGAUGUAACCACUGGCCUUAAAACUUCUGUUUUUGGUGGCGAGUUUCAGUCUGGACAUACUGCUGACGUCCUAAGUGUCUCAAUCAGCGGAUCAAACCCAAAUUGGUUUAUAUCUGGUUCAUGCGAUACCACUGCACGCUUGUGGGACACUCGCGCUGCAAGCCGAGCAGUGCGAACAUUUCAUGGGCAUGAGGGAGAUGUUAAUACUGUCAAGUUUUUCCCGGAUGGGAAUAGAUUUGGGACUGGAUCAGACGAUGGAACAUGCAGGUUGUAUGACAUUAGGACCGGUCAUCAACUCCAGGUGUAUCAGCCACAUGGGGAUGGUGAGAACCUCCCUGUAACCUCCAUCGCGUUCUCUGUCUCGGGGAGACUUCUUUUCGCUGGCUACGCAAACAACAACACCUGCUACGUCUGGGAUACUCUCUUGGGAGAGGUUGUAUUGGAUCUUGGGAAACUUCAGGAUUCACACAAGAAUCGGAUCAGCUGUAUGGGGAUGUCAGCAGAUGGAAGUGCCUUGUGUACAGGAAGUUGGGAUUCAAAUCUAAAGAUAUGGGCGUUUGGAGGGCACCGGAGAGUGGUUUGAAGAAGAUAAUUGUAACGUAAGAGUCGCGUCUCAGCUCCAUUUCCAGUUCUUGUGGUGUGGUUAAUAUAUUCUGUAGUCUGGAAGUAAAAACCGGUUUUUGCUUUUAGAUAGAGUGGUUAGAAGGAUGAAACUUCCCGCCUUUUGUGUUCUAGUGUGCUUUGAUUUGUUAAUUUCAUUUGCGUUUUAGUAAACCAUAAACCGCAUUACUUUUUAUUUUCCCACUCAAUGUGAAUUCUAUAAUCAAUUGUGUAUCAAUCAGUUGUUACUAC